ACUGGCAAGAGAAACUUGCAGUAGAAGAAAGGGAAAACACAUGUGAGUGUAUUUCGUGUUUACAUAUGCUCUUCACCGUAAAAUAUAUAUAGCGCUUCAAGAGAUUCACUGUAUAUAUCUAUAAGAGACAUCGCAAGAUCAUCUGCAUUACACAUCACAGUCCUUGAACAUGAUUAUUCGGCUGUUCAGUUAAGAGAGAGCGAGCGUUUAAAGCUCCUCGCCUGAUAAAAUUUGUUAUAUGACAUAUGCAAACACAGACUGAUAUUAUCAGUAGGAUUAAUUAAUCGUCUAAUCUCGUCAUGAAGCUGAAAGAGCUGGAGAGCUGCCUUCAGCAGGUGGACGGAUUUGAAGAGCCCAAAAUUCUCCUGGAGCAGUACCCCACCAGUCCUCAUAUAGCAGGCUGUAUGCUGUACACCAUCCACAACACAUUUAAUGAUAUAGAAAACAAGCUUGUUGCAGAUUUGGGCUGUGGAUGUGGGGUGCUGUCUAUAGGAGCUGCAGUUCUUGAUGCUGGAUUGUGUGUCGGAUUUGACAUCGAUGAUGACGCCUUGGACAUAUUCAAAAGAAAUGUUGAAGAAUUUGAACUGUCGAACAUUGAUGUCAUCCAGUGUGACGUGUGCUCUAUUGGAUCCUCGUAUGCCAAGAAGUUCGACACGGUCAUCAUGAAUCCGCCAUUUGGCACAAAGCACAACCAAGGUAUUGACAUGCAGUUCUUGCAGACUGCCAUAUCCAUGGCGAGAACCGCAGUGUACUCCCUACACAAGACCUCAACACGGGAUCACAUACAGAAGAAAGCAAAUGACUGGAAAGUAAAAAUGGAAGUCAUUGCGGAGCUGAGAUACGACCUGCCAGCAUCUUACAAGUUCCACAAAAAGAAGUCGGUUGAUAUUCAAGUGGACUUCAUUCGAUUCACUCCAACAUAAAGGUGUUGUGCAAGAGGAGUUUUUUUUUUUUUUUUUUUUUACAAA